ACACAUAAAAACGGAGCUAGAUUUUCGUCAAGGGUUGUCCGUUUUCCCCCGCCCGACACAGGCCUAGCUGUAGCGAGCUAGCGGCCGUCCGCGGUGUCUGGGCAAACCUCCUCAAGACCCGCGCUCCGCUAUUGAGAGCAUGGAUCCAGACAGUGGGGCGGACACUCAGCGAACUCUUAAUCUGCAAUGGAAGAGCUAUAAGCUAGUACAAGACCCUGCUCUCCGAAGAGUUACUCAGAAAAUCUACAGAUAUGAUGGGGUUCAUUUUAGUUUGCCUGAUUCUGGAUUCCCACCUGUGGGAGACUUGCGGGAUCCAAGACCCCGCAGAAUCUGGUCUAGACACACAGAGUUGUCGCUGCCAGUGCCCAAAUUUAAGUUGGAUGAGUAUUAUGUAGGCCCUAUUCCGCUUAAGGAAGUGACGUUUGCGAGGCUGAAUGACAACAUCAAGGAGCCGUUCCUGGCAGAGAUGUGCGCCAAGUUUGGUGAGGUUGAAGAGAUGGAGAUUUUGUUUCAUCCCAAGUCCCGAAAGCACUUGGGCCUGGCCCGUGUCCUAUUCACUAGCACUAGAGGGGCCAAGGAUACAGUCAAACACCUGCACAAUACUUCUGUCAUGGGCAACAUUGUCCAUGUCCAGCUGGAUAUCAAAGGCCAACAGAGAAUGAAAUACUAUGACCUGAUAGUGAGUGGCUCAUACACCCCUCAGACCGUGCCAACUGGAGGCAAGGCUCUCACAGAGAAAUUUCUGCCCCCAGCUCCAACUCAGCCAGACACGUCUUCUGAUAUCCGGCGGAGGCUCUCUACUGACCAGAUGGCAGUACCUACUGCUGUCACUCUCAACUCAGGCAGUACCACCCCCUGUUCUGUGGACACUGGAUUAGGAGACCAGCGCUUAGACACCCCUUCUUCCUCACUGGGGGGGCCCUAUACCCCUGGCUCCUCUGCUUCUUCACAGGGUGGGGGCACUCCUUACACCCCUCGCUCUUUGACCCCUUUCUCCCAAGAUUCGGGCUACUCUGUGGGCAGGCCUGGUGGAUUUAGCAGUGCUUCACUCAGUAGCAGUUAUCCCUCACAGGAUAUGCUUCCAUCUUCCUCCUGCUCCUCCUCAGCUGUGUCCUCAUCAUCAGGAUUCAAGCCCCCUCGCUAUGACGAACUACAUGCUCAACCUCAACAAGAAUCCUCUAUGUUCCAGAGGGGUCGACCGGGAUAUCCCCAAUCUACACCUUUCCGUCCUAACGAACAUCCCUAUCCCAGUGUAGGAGGGUCAGGUAUGCAGAUGCCGUUACAUCCACCUAUGCCACCUCCUCCAGGGCCUCAGUAUGAGCUACCUUCUCUGUCUGACAGAGAGAGAGACAGAGAAAGGGGACACCGGGAUCGGGACAGAGACACAGCAGGGCACUACGUAGGUGGGAUAAGCUCCCGUCGUUCCUCUUACCACUACCAACAGGAUACAAACUCUUCCUCCUCCAAAUCUUACCAUUCGCACCACUCACACCAUACUGACCGACGAGAGGAUAGGGAUGGCAGAGGGUAUCGGCGGGACAGUUCAGGCUCUCGCUCGGGAGACCAUGGUAGGCAUCGAAACCACCAUCACAACCACCACAGCAGUGGGGCAGGUGGGUCAAGCAGGCGACGGAGUAGCAGAGAUCGAGACUGGGAGAGAGACAGAGAAGGCGACUUCUCCAACAGCUCUGACCCACGUUAUGGAGGCCACUUAAACUCUAGCCACCACUCGUCCAACAGUCUCACUCCUCCCCCUGCCACCACCUCGUAUGGAGGAUACUCCUCAACUAAAGACCUGUCCCCUUACGACACACCCUCCUCCUCACGGCUGGAGCCCUCACCAGCCUUCCGUCCUCAGCAGGGUACAGGGGAGAAGGGCUUUGGUUUGGGAGGGAGUAUGGACAAUGACUACCGUACACACUCUCACCACACACACCUGGCUCCUCCACCUCCACCUCCCCCACUCCCGCCAGCCUCCGUCAUUGCAGCUGCUGUGGCUGAAACACUUGGCUCUCUGGAUUUUGCCCAGGAGAGCCCUGUUCGAGAAGAACAGUGGACCAAACCUAAACGUCAUCCCAGCACCCCACCCCUUCCCCCUCACACACCGCCAACCUCCUCACCUCCCCAUGCCUCCAUCCCCUCAUCCUCCACCUCUCCUUCCUCUACCUCCCUGCCUCACCACCUCCCCUCUUCUACAGCAUCCCUCUCUCCACCUCCUCCACAACGUGACUCCUCCCCAGAGCCAGAUUCCACCAAUGAGAGCCUGCCAUUCAUGCACCACAGCAGCAGCUUGGACUCACGUAUUGAAAUGUUGCUAAAGGAACAAAAGUCCAAGUUUUCCUUUCUUGCAUCAGAUGAUGAGGACGAUGAAAAGGAGGAAAGAGAGAGGAGGAAAGUAAAUAAGAAUACAGAAGGAAGAGAAAACAAACUGAGAGGAGAGGAUGGAGAAAGGCUUAACCACAAAAGACAAGGAGAGAAAGAGGGUGGGCAACAGAGGAGGAGAGGAGAGCGAGAUAAAGAUGGGCGCCGCAGUAGAGGGAAGAGGCAAGGUGGUGGAGGCGAAGAAGGCAGGAAAACCCCUCCAGAGGUUGCCUCCUCCACCCCUGCCACCCAUGGUUUAGUUUUAGAGUCUCUUCAUGGCCAAAUUCCUCCCUCUCUGGGGGAGUUUACAGACUCUGACACACAAAGGGGUGCAAAUACCCCUCCCACCUACAACGGAGUGACACAGCCAUCUCCACACUCCUCUGGGGAGGAUAUGGAAAUUUCAGAUGAAGAUGACAACAUCACCACAGCAACCACCCAUCCCGCUGCCUCCUCAUCCUCUUCACCAACGACCUCCUCGCAAUCUGCCCUCCCUUCCCAAACCCCAGAUCCCUCUGCUAGCCCUCCCCAAGACAGCAGCCAGCACUUUAGCACUGCAAUGCAACCUCCACCCAUCUCGUCAUACCCCCCUCACCUCCCUCCUCCACCUGGGUUCUCCCUGCAGCCCCCUCCGCCUCCUGGCAUACCCCCUCCGCUUCCUCACAUGGAGCUGCACCCCGAGUACCCACCUCUGCUGCCACACAUGUAUGACUAUGCCAGCUCCAUGGAGCUCAUGAGCCAGUACAGUGGCGGAGCACCCAUGUCAUUCCAGAUGCAGACACACAUGCUCAGUCGCCUCUACCAGAUGCGAAUGGCUUCUGCCAAUAGCAGUACAGCAGCUUCUGGAGAAGUUCUGCCCACCUCUGAAUAUGCUCCUUCAUUUCACCUCCAUUCUAUACCCCCUCCCAAUCACCCACAUCACCCAUACAUGGACCAAGAUGGGACUGUGUCCACCCACUAUGACCAGGACCACCGCUACAUCCCUCCUCACUUAGUGUACCCAUACCCAGACCCUCAUGCCGCACAGCUUCCUCCCCCUCACCUACAUACCAUUCCACCCCCUCACAGCCCCUGGCUUCACCACUUACAGCCCCAGCAGUACCCCUCCCACUACCCUCCACCUGGAUUUGGCACGGUGUCUGGUGUGGAUGGAGAGCUGUAUGGUGUAGCAGGUGACCAGAUAGCCGUGAUGGGGCACAACCCCUAUGAGUCUGUUGUGCAGCAGGUACUGGCAGCAUUGAUCGAGGAGAUGAAAAACAUCAUGCAGAGGGACCUGAAUCGCAAGAUUGUAGAGAACGUUGCCUUUGGCACUUUCGAUGAGUGGUGGGACCGCAAGGAACAGAAAGCUAAGCCAUUCCAGACGUCCAUGCGGGGAGUGUCAAUAGUGCGUGAGGAGGAAAAGAAAGAAGAGAAGAUGAGCAACCGGCCUCGGGAGCCUCUCAUGUCUCUUGUAGACUGGGCCAAGAGUGGAGGCAUGGAGGGCUUUUCCUUGCGGGGAGCAUUGCGUUUGCCUUCUUUUAAGGUGAAGAGGAAGGAGCCUCAGGAGCUUGAAGAUGGUGGUGAGCUGAAAAGAGCCAGGCCUUCCACUCCACCUGAUGAGGAAGAUGAGGACUCCUAUCAGGGUAAAUCUGCGGAUUGUGCUGCAGGAAGAACAGAGAUAAGGCGGACAGCAGACAGACAAGCAGCCCGCAGAAGGAACAGAGCGAGGCCACGCAAGUCUUACGACUUGGACAGCGAGGGAGAAGAAACGUCAAACGGCUCCUCCUCUGAAAAGGAGGAUGAUGACGACAGUGAAAAAGUGAUUGAGUCAGAAGAUGAAGCCCAUAGUGCAGAUAGUGAUGAUGAGAGCAUUUCUUCAUCCUCCUCUGAGAGUUCAUCAUCAUCCUCGUCGUCAUCCUCAUCCUCAGAUGAGGAAGAUGAAGAAGAAGGUGAGCAGGGUGCAGAGAGUGAAUCAUUGGAUACAAUGGAUGAGUCUACAAUGGACAGCAUGGCUAUGGAUGCAGACAAAGAUGAAAGGGACAAAGCAAACCUGAACCAAUCAUCUGUGACUAUUACAGAGGUCAAAGCAGAAGAGGACAAAUCUGUUGCAGUUGUGCCUCCAUCUUCUCCUUACCCCCGUCCUUCCUCUCCUAUCCUCCUCCUCCCCCCUCUCAAGAAACGGCGCAAGACUGUUUCUUUUUCAAUGGAAGAAAACGAGUUCAAGCCAUCCAUUCUACCAUCUUCUGCUCCCUCUCCAUCUCCCACUCCUUCCUCGCAGUCUCCAGCUCCAAACAUUCCCACUUCAGCUUCUCCUGGAAGCACACGCACAGCAGCCACUCUGCCUGCCACCUCUAAGCCCCUCCCCAUGCUCCUUCCAUUUGCGUCUCGUCCAAGCGAGGGUAAUGCCCUUGCCUCCCCUGCUUCCCCUUCCACCAUUCUUACCGUCUCUCCACCUGUGCGUUCUCUGCGGCCUGAUGAGCCCAAAAAGAGUCCAGCUGCCCUUCCAUCUCCACAAUCUCCAUCUCCCAAAAACUCCUCUAAACGUGGGGCGGGCAAAGACUCACCCAGAACACAUGCUGCACCUGUCUGUCUCACGGUCCAGAACCUACCACUGGACCACGCCUCAUUGGUCAAAAUGGCCUACGAGGACCCAGUCCCUGUUUCGUCCACACAAAAGAUUUGCCAACGUGGCCACCCUCGAACACUCAGCCACUCCUCCCUCCUGCAUCCUGCUCUUUGGGAAGAGGAAGAUGAUGAAGAUGAGUUGGAGCAGCGGCUGAAACUCAGGGAGCAGCUGGGAGUGUCCAGCCUGCUGCAGCUGGCCUCUGCCCCUAAGCCUGACCUAUCUGUGCUGGCUGACGUGGCGUUGAAGAUGGAUCCAGAGGCAGACAUCGACUCCGAAGAGACAGAAACCUCAGAUGAGGCAGAGGAGCACAAGCUAGAGGAGGAAGAGGGAGACUUCUUUUCUCCUCACCCUCGCAAGUCACUCCAGAAUCCAGAGGGUCUAUUCGUUCAGCAGGAACAUAACUACUCUAAAACUCCUGCUCUUCCACUCCUCACCUCUCCUCAAAAGAGACCGAAACAUGACCCUACUGUCCUGCUCCCCGCAGACCUCAACCAGCAUGGUGUUCAGGAAGCACCAGAAGAGAUUAUUGAAGAAGCUCAUGCAAACAGGGGGCAGCCAGCACCCCUGUACGGAGAUCUUUCUAUACUAUGCGAAGCCAGGGAUGUGGCUGAGACACAGAUCAAGGCCAUCGGCCCUCCACACAAGAGGAAAGGAUCCGUUAGGGAGGUGCAUAUGGAAGAGCGGAUGAAAGGGAAAAGCAAAAAGAGGAGUAGGAAGGACAAAGAGAACGAGGAACUGCAGAUCACCAAGAAACAGAAGGAGAAACAGAUCAAGAAACAGAGGAAACGGAAGUUAGAGGAGUUUGAGGAAUAUGUGGAUGUUGAGCAGCUGGAGUCUGGUGAGCUUUCCAGCUCCAGCUCUGAUUCUGGAGACUUGGACUUUGGUCUGGACAGAUCUGUGGACUUUGAGAAGGAAGAGGUUAGAAAGAGCGAGCGUCUUUUCCUUCAGGAGGCUGGCAUGACCCCCUCAACCCAGCGGCAGCCCAAACACACCACCUUGCACAUACCGGCACCUGCACCACAUCCCACUUACAAGAACCGCAGUGAGUUUGAGCAGAUGACCAUCUUGUAUGACAUUUGGAACACUGGCCUUGACCAGGAAGAUAUGAGGCUCCUCAUGAGCACCUAUGAGAAACUGCUGCAAGAUGACCGUGGAACUGACUGGCUCAAUGACACACACUGGGUCCCUCAUACCAUUACCAACAUCCCGAACCCUCGGCGGAAAAAGAGGGCAGCAUCUGGGCAGCUAAGAGAGCAUGUUACAGGCUGUGCUCGCAGUGAGGGCUACUAUGCUAUCAGCCGCAAAGAGAAAGAUGUCUACCUCGAACUAGACCAACCAGUGACUGUGCAGGAAGUUGGAGACUAUGACACAGCAGGCUCCAAUCGUCUGCUGUCUGAAAGGCGCUCAGAACAGCGGCGCCUCCUCAGUGCUAUCGGCACUCAAGCAGUGAUGGAUUCGGACCUCUUGAAACUGAACCAGCUGAAGUUCCGUAAGAAGAAGCUGAGGUUUGGCCGCAGUCGUAUCCAUGAAUGGGGCCUUUUUGCCAUGGAACCCAUUGCCGCAGAUGAGAUGGUCAUUGAAUAUGUGGGACAGAAUAUCAGACAGAUGGUAGCUGAUAAUCGGGAGAAGCGCUACGCUCAAGAAGGCAUUGGCAGCAGCUACCUAUUCCGUGUCGACCAUGACACCAUCAUUGAUGCCACAAAGUGUGGCAAUUUGGCUCGAUUUAUUAACCACUGCUGCACACCCAACUGCUACGCCAAAGUGAUCACCAUUGAGUCCCAGAAGAAAAUAGUCAUAUACUCAAAGCAGCCUAUUGGUGUGAACGAGGAGAUCACAUAUGAUUACAAGUUCCCUAUUGAAGAAAAUAAAAUCCCGUGCCUGUGUGGAACAGAGAACUGCAGAGGAACCCUCAACUAGUCCUUGCCAAUCAACUUUGCCGGCCCACAAGCUACUUUUCUCUGAACGCACAGAUGUUGGUAGUGUGAUGCGAGAACAUAUGGUCCAACUCUAAAAAAGUUUCUUCAACAUGCAUACAUACUCAGUCUGUCUAACUGUAAGAGACACACCAGUCCCCCAUGAAGAGUUCUUGGAUUGGAUGUUCAGCUCAGGAGCACUGGGAUGUCAGCACUGCCACAAAAUCUUGAGUUACACCUCUAAAAUAGUUUUGUCUUCACUUCUAAAGUAGUGUUUUCUGUUCCUGACCAGGCCCAUGUCUAAUUUAUUUCUUCCACAUGCAGCUGUGUUUGGUGAUAUCGUUUUGCGAAGGUCUAUGCUUGGAAGUACAACUGAUAAGCUGAUUAAAUUAUUGUGCACACAUAUAUUCCGCACAUGUAUGCACAAAAUUUGGCAGUGGCAAACACCCUUAAAGUUUUAUUUUUAUUAUUUUUUAUUUUACGGAGGCUUUUUCAAAGGCAACUUUUAAAGACCUACAGACAUGGAUGUAAGACUUUUGUAAUUCAGCACCCCAGUCGUAAGAGAGAGUACUGAUUUUGGUUAUUGUAGUAUAUUUACUAUCCCUGUUCUUCUCACAUUUCAGUGAAUUUAUGCAUUCAUGUAGACCUAAGCACUCUAUUGCUGUACCCUCUUCAGACUAACAGUACAGAAUCAGGUCAGCCUAGUUUUAAUAUGGAGCAGUUUAGGCACAUUCGCGCUCUGGGAUAUUUCUGAUUCUGAACGAUCUUAAUGAAAGAUGUCCCUCUUACCAGAAAGACAGUAGUGCUGGUAUUCUAAAACUAUAAAGUAUUUACAAUUCGUCACAUUGUACAUGGUUAUUUUAGUUUAUUUUCUUAAGUUGAAAUAAUCAUGAUAACUAUAAUUUUAAUACAUACCUUUCAUGAAUGGUAUCCAUUUUUCCUUUAUUCAUCCAAAGUUUUUAGCCAUAUAAAGAGGACUGGUUUGGAGAGGCAGUCUUUUUGUGUGUGCUCAAUAUGUGCACAUUAGUAUUUUAGCAAGAUAAUAUAAAAGGAUGAAAUUGUUUUUUCUUCUGCUUGGAUUUUUUGUGGUCCAUUAAAGUUGAGAAUUGUUCAUUAAAAAUGUGGAAGAAUAGAGGAUAUUUUAGAGAUCAUGCACUCUACUUUGGGACAAGUUAAUCCUAACUCCUCUCUCUGGUGAAGAACAAUUGUAAAAUGUAUACAGUCUCAUCUAUAAUUUAUAAAAGACUUGAAAGAGCCAAGUUUAGCAUUUUGCAAAUGGUGCCACAUUAAGUGCAUAUUCUAAAGCAAUUUGGAUGUCCCCAAGUCCCCCAAGAGUUAAAAGCACAUAGAACGAUUAACUAGAAUGGGUGAUGUAUGUUGAUCUGUCCUCUCUUAUUAUUGGUGUGUCUCUCUCUCUCUCUCUCUGUCUCUCUCUCUCGCUCUUCUCUGCCAGUAAGUGCCAGAAAAGUUGACAUGCCUCUUACACCCUCCUUCCCUUUUUCCACUUUGAGGGCCUUGCUAGCAUUCUUUUCCUUUGAGAUAAGACCUGUUAAAUAUGUGGAUGUAUUGCAGUCUUUCAGUAAAAACUGAUACACUGAAGCAUAACCAUAAAAAAUUGGAAAAGGACAAAAAAAAAGUUUAAAGAAUAACAUGUAAAUAUUGUAGAGGUGUUUGUUUCUCGUAGAAACACACUGGUUCUAGUCUGUAAAUAUGUUCAUCCUUUUCCUACUUACCAUUGCAGGAAUAUAAUUGUACAUAGCUAUCAUUCAGUUAUGUUUUGUUUUUGUUGUUUUUACCCCUUUUAUUUUGACUUAAAGUUUUAAUAUUAUUUGCGAUAUUUCUCUUGUAUUAAUGCGUUGGACCCUUUAUUAAUG